UUCAAUCACUGUGCAAACAAAUGUAACACAUACAGGGAGUCGAGUGAGCAGUUAAAGAAAUAUGAGUUAAUGCCGUACUUGAUUCUGACGAAUUAAUUGUGGUUUAACAUAGGAGCACUUGAACAUGUGAAUGGGAUAAGGAAUAUAAUAGAUUAAAGUUCAUGGUUAGCAUUUUAGUAAAUGACGGAUGUGCAGUGAGAAUACUGGACGAGUUUGUGCACCGAACAAGAUCGAGAGGAUGAGAAGAGUCAGAGUUGUUAAAUAACGGUCUACAUAGCAACGUAAACGUUCUUGUUUCCUAACUGAGGACACCCGUUGAGAGCAUUAAUCGAGUUUUCAAUGAUAACACUUUCUACGGAUUUAAAAAGAUAUCAUUAACAGAACAACGAUAAGCGACAGGGCAUUAGCAAGAUCAAUUGUUGGGAUUUAAGAAGUCAGAGAUGAUAAUGUGACAAAGUAUGAACUCGAAAUUCAUCUACCGGUGGUCUAUUUUAUUUUUAAUGUGGAAUUUAACAUAGUGCUUGACGAUGUGAACGUUUAUAUAUGUUUGUGUCCUUUCGUUAGAGAAAGGUCAAAGGUCAUGAUAAUGGUUUUAAGUCAUUUGCGACGUCAUGAGCACCCCAAGGUCAAAUAGGUCACUUCAAGAAAGGCGAAGUAGACCACCCCCAUCCCGAGAGGUUGAAUACAGGUUCAUUCAGGACACCGUUAACGAUCUGUGCACCGUCAUAAAAAACUAUGCCCAGAAAUAUUUCACGAAGAAGGAAAUAAAUUUUGACGCAUGCGCAAUGUGUUUUAAGGAUAUCGUAAAAACAUGGCGGGUGGAAACUAGCGAGUUUAACAACUGGAAAGAGUUUAUUGAACGUGCGAACGAGAAUCAUAUCGACAAGACGGUGAAGAAUCAAGCGGCUUUCAGAGACCUGAUUCACAUCUGUGAAAGAUCCAAGGAGUUUGAAGUGAUGAUACCACAUGUGAGGGAGCGAAUGUUGAACUGUGUGAAGGAGCAUGUGUACAAAUACUGCCUUAGUUUCGCGGAGGAAACUGGUGGCGUUGAUGCGAGUAUUGUGACGGAAUACGAGCAACACAUACGAAAUUACAAGAGAGACAUUGAGAGUAUGUUGACGGCAAUAAAUGGUGAUAUUCUGCGAUACAGCGACGUGAAAUCUUCGUUUGAGAGGUUCGUGGCGGAGGGUGGCAACAUCGGCAAAUUGAUGGAGAGUAUUUGUGUGCAAAUUGUAGAAAUCGCACACGAGAUCAAGAAAUGGACGGGCGACGACGCGGCCUAUCCGGAGAAACUGCAGCAGGAGAUUCUGUUUAAUAAUGGUUACAAAGAAACUCUUCAGCAGGACGUGUUUAAAUUACACCAAAGACGCCAAUCUCUUGAAAGAAGCCUUGAAAGACGUGCGAAAGUUAGGAAAAAGGUUGAAAAGGAUUAUGCCGUUUUUAGAAAAGAGAAAAAGAAACGCAAAGACAGUAUUCAGACGUUAGAGAUGAAAAUCGAACGUCUAGAAUUUCAGAUUCAACAUAAAAAUGAGACUGUAGAAGGGGCAAAGACGUCGUUGUCAAACAAGCGUAUGCUAUCGCCGCGUCAGGAGGAAGAAAUGCACACAAAGCUUGCCAAAACAUUAAAAGAAAUUGACCGAUUAACCGAAUGGUCGUCGGUUUCAACCCGACAGAAGGUGCGGCUUGAAAAAGAACUAAAAGACAUUUCCGACCGAACUUAUGAAUUGAAAGUAGAACUGGUUACGAAUAGGCAUGAGACCGACGAGAUGCGAACAAGUCUUGAAGGCAUGGAUAUCGAGUUGAAGUCCAUGCACGAGCGGCUGGAUAAUCUGGACCGGAAGACGUCUGUCAUGAAGCACAUCCGGGUACUCAAGAUGUCGCCGGAAACACUCAGAAAACUCUAUCGUCGGCGGCGGGAAUUCUAUCAUGAAGGGCAGUUGACGGACGCCUGUCGAUACGUGGCGCAGGAAAUAGCGAGUGACUGGAAGCGCCUGUACAAGUGUCUGCCGUUCGAGCCGCAACGGGAGCCGAGCAAGCUGAAACACGACAUUGAACUGAUUGACAUCUACAGCGCCCGCAGUGACCAGACAGUGGAGGAGCAGGCGUUGAAGUGUUUGGAGAAGUGGCGGACGUUUAGUAGGCGUAACGCGGAUGUGGCGCAGCUGAUUCGUGGAUUGCGGAAGUUGAAUAAGGAAGACCUGGCGGACAAAGUGGAGAUGCGCUUCUCAACUGAGAGUGUUUAUGGUUGAUAAGGACCGACAGCAGGGGUUGGAAUCAGCGGCCCCACUAGUCUAUGGGGCUUUUACUGUGAAAUUUUGUAUUAAUGCACAGGUUAAUCAGGUACGACACUCUCUGAGUGGAUUGGAGAUCAUUUUCGCGAUAACAAAACUUCCUUUAAUCAAAUUAAGCUUUAAAGCGGAAUUGUCGUCUCCCAUAAGCCUAUGAGGUGGACACUUGCAUUGAGCCCUGCUCAAUUAAACAUUUGACGUGGGCCCGUAGAUUAAUUUGUAAGAAUACGCAUAAGUCAUCUAUACAAGGAGUAUUGAAACAAACAGGUAUCAGUCCUGUGGUUUUAAAGCUUUAACAUGAUUGCUCACGAUUCAACUGAAAACAAGCAAAUUCGUCGCAUUGAUAUCCCCCGCCAUUAUACUUCUGGACACAAAAGAUUUCUGGACGGAUGAACAACGCCAACAUGCAUCAUCCUCUAAAUCAUAUAUAUACUCAUACCAAGUUUCAAUGAAAUCUGUUAAAGCACUUCCAAGAUAUGGCUCCGGACACACUAAAAAAGCAUUUUUUUCAAGAUACAAAGGGCCAUAACUCCGUUAUUAUCCGAUGGUAUACAAUGCCAUUUGGCGUGCAUCAUCCUCUUAUCAAUAUAUAUAUAUAUAUAUAUAUAUAUAUAUAUAUAUAUAUAUAUAUAUAUAUAUAUAUAUAUAUAUAUAUAUAUAUAUAUAUACUCAUACCCAGUUUCAAGGAAAUCCUCCAAAGCACUUCCAAGAUAUGUUUCCGGACACAAAAAUGCCGGACGGACGGACGGACAACGCCAAAACAAUAUCCCUUCGCCUAUGGCGGGGGAUAACUAAGUAUUCUAUAUCUUGACGCUUCCUUAAACUACACUUCAGCGUCUAGGGUCGCACAGUCGUUAACAUAAAAAUAUCAUUUUUAAGUUAAAACAAAAACUGACAUUUCAGAUUGAGAUUUUAGUCUGUAUGAAACAGUUAUUGUGCAGUAAGUUGAAGAUAUUAAUUAAUUGCGUGUGAUAAAUAUCUUAUGUAAACCUAAAAUAGUGUUAAUAAAUGUGGCACAGUACAUUUACUGGACCAAUAUUAUUUGGAAACAAACAUUGGGUAAUAGCUGUAAAAGGGUAAACAGUAUUAUAAUUAAACACUUGAUUACAUAUGUUUAAUCAUACGCAAACAUUGUGACUUAAAGCAUACAUUCGUGAGAUUAAUAACACUCAUGUAUAGAUUGUGUUUUAAUAUGAAAGUACGCAUUGCCAGACUGUUAAAUCCAUAAAAAAGUAUACACCGGUAUAUUGAUAUUGUGAUAUGAGGAAGAUGUAAACGUGUAAUUAUACGAGUAUUUAAACGUAAACAUUUGAUUUUAAUAUGGGUGUUGUUAUUAAAAACAAACAUGAUAAUUUUAAGACAUUGUCAAAAUAUAAUUAUUAUAUAUAGUCAUAGUCAAUAUGCGAAUACAAAAUGAGUACAGUAAUAAAGCAUGUGCUUGAAAGCGACCUAAUUAUGCGCUAUCAUAUACGAAUGUUAAAUUAUGUAUUAAGUAUACACGUUCUUGUAUAUUAUUUAUUAAAUAACGUUACAUGUAA